CCUGAGGGCGGGGAAGCCUCUCCGAGCGCCCACGGCUGUCAUGGGUGAGACGGCGCAGCCCCCGCGGCCCGGGAUCGGCGUGGGGGUGGUGAUCACCAGCCCCGCGCACCCCAACUGCGUCCUCCUGGGCAAGAGGAAAGGCCCGGUGGGGGCCGGCACCUACCAGCUCCCCGGAGGCCACCUGGAGUUCGGGGAGAGCCUGGCGGAGUGCGCCGCGCGGGAGACGCUGGAGGAGGCGGAGCUGCGGCUGCGCAACGUCCGCUUCGCCUCCGCCGUCAACUCGGUGUGCGCCGCCGCGCGCUACCACUACGUCACCGUCCUCAUGAAGGGCGAGGCGGAGCCGGGGGCGGAGCCGCGCAACCGCGAGCCCGAGAAGAACGAGGGUUGGGAAUGGGUUAAAUGGGAUGAAUUUCCUCCAGCAGAUCAACUGUUCUGGGCGUUACGCUGUUUAAGAGAGCAAGGUUACAAUCCCUUCACAGAAGAGCUCGAUCAUCUAAAGGGAUACACGGGAAGUCACCAACUAGCGUAAAAACUAAUUGUACGUUAUGUAACAAACUACAGGACAGAGCUGCUUUUUCGGUGUAAAAGGGAAAAGGCUAUAUCAUGCUCACUCUGCCCACGUGAAAAUAUUACCCUUCCCAAAGCCAAAAAGAUGCUAAAUGUUUCAGUGCUUUUACCAUAUUUCACAUGACAGUUGUCUCUCAUUCCAGAGCUAUUUCUAGCUCUAGUGGUUAACAAUUAAUGUUUUCUUUUAUAGAAAAUUCAGUGUUUUAUCUGGUUAAUCUUUAUAUAGAUGAACAGCCCUUUGGAAGUCAGAACUAGUCAGAGCAGCUUACUCACUUGGAAACAGUUGCAGCGUCAGGCCCAAGAGAAACUGACUGGUUUAAACCAAUGUCCUGCUUUCUAUGUAAAACUGCUUUGUGUAUUAUGCUGCUUUCCUGUAAUUACAAAUCUUGGGCCAAUUUUUAAACUUAGCCUCAUAGCUUCAGUUAAGACACCGUCAUGAACAAAAGUCACAUUUUGGAGACAAUGCCUCGUUCUCCUGCAGACAGUAGUAUAUACUUGAAAAAUCAGUCAGGGUAUUAUAAACAUGAAAAGGUUGUGGUGGCUUGCUGCAGGGAAUGAAAAUUCCCUGACCGUUCUUGCCACCCCCUUUCGUUACAGAGUUCUGUUUGCGGCCUCAGUUACAUUAGAAUUUAUCUGCAGAAGUGUUUCAGAUCUCUGCAGUUGAUUUUAAUUCCUGAUCCUGUUACUAAAAUCUUAAUAGUUUAAUGGAGAGGUGCCUACGGCGUUCUACUAGGCUGACACAAAUAACAUUGUACAAAUGAAUCUCAUUUAUAGGUGUAGCUCUAUGGCAGACAGUCAUACUCUUUGGCUAAAGAGGGUUGUCAGUAUUAAACAGCACAGAUGGGUGUAAUUCUGUAUGGCUACUGGGAUUUGAUAGAAUUGUUAAUUUUUGGUUUGAUGUGACUAAAUGAUUGAAUGGGUAGUGAAUGAAAUCAGUACACAAAGAUAUAUACAAAAACAAUGAGUUUGUAUUUUUCAUUUUUCUAGAAUCUGUAACCAAAUUUGAUUCUUUUCCAGCUGUAGUCAUUAGGACAUCAGCAAUUAAUUUUAGGAUAUGACUUUUAAAAAAAUCACUAAUUGGCUCAUUUUUUUGGUCUUCAGGGUUCUUUUAAAACACAGGUUUUGUCUGUUUCCUUUAGAUAUACCCAUUGUACAAAAUGUUCUGAGAUACCUUUAAUUUCUUUUAAGUAAAACAUGAGCACAAUAUUGAAAGAUUAAAAUGGUCUGAAAUUAUGAAUUGACUUGUCAGUUCUUAAAAGAAAUGAGCUUGAAGGGUUUAAAGCUCUUCCUUACUUUGCAUAUACAUUUUCUUAAGUGGAGAUGGCUCUUUUUGCCAAGAAACAGAUGGAGUGAUAUGAGGUAUAGGGAUGAUACUGACGAUCGCAAGCCUCCUGCUUAGAAUUUGAAGUACUAACUACACACAACUUCCCUUAGGACAUAUAUUCUUUCUCUGAAGUGAAGAAAGAAGAUAAUGUUAUAAAGCAGUUUUGAAAUGGGAAAUAUCACUGAAAAUUCCUUCACUACUGUAUCUUUGUAGAAAGCUUAUUUUUUCUAUUCAAAAGUGGAGAUUUUCUUCCUGAAAGCAACUGUAUGUACACUGAAAAUUAUUCCGUUCAGCUGUCAACAGAGGCUGUAGGAAGAGCUGACAGAUGUCCUGCCCAUCUGUCCCAAAGAAUAAUGAAAAAAAAUUAUUAAAAUGAUUUAGUGCAAUUUUAAAUUUUAGAAGGCAUCUAGCUCCUGAUGGGAAAACCGAGGUCACUGUAAAAUGGUUUGUCAUGCAGUAUUUUGCUACCAUUAAUGGUUAUAUUCAUUCUAUCUGUUGUAAAUAUACAAGUAGUUACUGAAAUGAGGACAGAAACAGUACCUCCAUAUGUCAGGGUUUCUGUAUCCUUUCUAAGUGGACUGAUUAAAUGACUACGGUGCAUUACUGCAAUCAGCUGUCAGCAAUACCUAUAAAUAACUUGUUUUGUAUGCAUCAUGCAUUUGUACUUUUUUCCCCCCAGAAAAUUCGA